AUGGCACCUUCACCCAGAAUACAGAAGCUACAGCCCAUUCGAUCACCGGUGGGGGUGGUGGAUGUGUGGUAUAUGAUCAUUGACAUCCUCUGUGACGUGAAGGAAGAGGACCAGGACGAGUGCAAGAGUCUCACCAAAUCUCCCCUAUACCUUCGUGAUCUUAUCAGCCUCAGUAGCACUUGUAAAUUGCUUCGGGGUCUACUGGCCCCGCGCAUAUUUGCAGUCGUGUAUUUACACAACACGGCGAAGAGCGCCUUGUCUAUAAAGGCGAUCGCCAAUGGCCACUUCUCUGGGUGCAUCAAGGAGCUGCGAUACGUCGCUAAUUGUCGGCUAGAUCAGCAGAACUCACCAGUCGAAGAUGUCUAUCCGCCAGAGGUCGACACGGUUCUUUCCAACCUCGCCGCGUUGAAGGGUCUUCAAACGCUGAGCAUCGAAUUUCCCUUUGACUACGACGAGCUAAUGGAGCAUGUUCAGGACUCAGACUUCCAUGAAGAUCCGCAAGCAGCGGUGAUUGAAGAAGGAAAGAAUGCCUGGCGGGGGCUGAUGGCGGCAAGUUUCCGAGCCAUCCUGUCUAGCUACAGUCCUCAGCGCUGCCCGGGCGGCCAAGUCCUUGUCUCACUCACCAUUCAUGCACUCAAUAUCGUGCCAAUAUCAGUCUUUUCCACCAGAGAAUUCCAUGAGUUUCUUUCACAUUUAGAAAGGUUCCGCAUGUCCCUAAAGCAAUGGGACAACGGGGUCGGUUGGAUGCUAAAUACCCAAGAGGUUUUCUUUAACUUCCCAAACUCUCUGGGUCCGUGGUUCUUCAACCACCUCACCUCUGUCGAGGAAUUUAGCUUCGAUCCCCAAGACUCCGCACCGCUAGGCAAUUCAGGACAACCCUAUGCGUAUGAUAUAUCCCUGUGGAACGCUACGAUGCCCCGGCUGCGAAAACUCACUCUCGGCAAUAUCUACCUGUGCCUCGAGUUGAAAGACUUCCUCCUCCGGCAUCUUGACACGUUAGAAUCGAUUUUUUUGCAAGAAUGCUACAGUUGCAGGGAAUGGGAAGGUGGUGAAGGUAUGUCUUGGAGCGAACUGUUUAGUGCUUUGGCUCAGAAAUCUCCAACCCGUCUCACAUCCUUCUCCUUGCAUUGGGACUAUGAUGAAGGGGAUCUACUCGAUCUGGAUGACGACAUGGCAGAUCCAACACUUGUCGCACAUGUGCAAAGAAUGCUGGAGAUAGAACCCGACGCCAGAGUGUUUCCCUGCUGCUACUGCCACGUGUCUGACAAAUACGGGUAUGCUUCUCACGAUUGGGACGCCAACCGAGCAGCAUUCCUGCAAGGAGACGACUACAGGAGCUACCAAGAUCUCAUGGCUAUUGUUAAUGCGAAUGCUACUGGUAACCACCACAACGCCUAA